AACCCCCAUCCGUCCGGGUUCCCGAGUUCCUGAGUCCUGAGCGUCGGCAACGGUAGUGACGCGUGUUGCCCGGAGGAUGGCGGACGCCAGCUUGCGCCGCGUGGUUCCCAGCGACCUGUAUCCCCUCGUGCUCGGCUUUCUGCGCGAUAACCAGCUCUCGGAGGUGGCCAAUAAAUUUGCCAAGGCAACAGGCGCUACCCAACAGGACGCCAACGCCUCUUCUCUCUUAGACAUCUACAGCUUCUGGCUCAACAGGUCCGCCAAGGCCCCAAAGCGGAAGGUACAGGCAAAUGGACCAGUGAGUAAGAAGGCUAAGAAGAAGACUUCAUCCAGUGAUAGCAGUGAGGACAGUAGUGAGGAGGAAGAACCCCAAGGACCUCCAGCUAAGAAAGCUGCUGUACCUGCCAAGCGGGCCAGUUUGCCUCAGCAUCCUGGAAAGGCUGCAGCCAAAGCAUCAGAGAGCAGCAGCAGUGAGGAAUCCAGUGAUGAGGAGGACGAUGACAAGAAGAAAAAGCCUGUUCAGAAGGGAGUUAAGCCCCAACCCAAGGCAGUCAAAGCUCCUCCUAAGAAGGCCAAGAGCUCUGAUUCUGAUUCAGACUCAAGCUCAGAAGAUGAGUCACCAAAGAACCAGAAGCCAAAGACAACACCUGUGGCAGCUAAAACUCAGACUAAAGCCUCAGCCAAACCAGGUACGCCAGCUCGCGUGGUACCUAAACUAACCAAUGGGAAAGUGGCCAGCAAGAAGAGCAGCAGCAGCAGCAGCAGCAGCAGCAGCAGCAGUGAUGAGGAGGAGGAGGCGGCAGUGGCGACAGCCAUACCUAAGAAGACUGUACCUAAAAAGCAAAUCGUGGCCAAGGCUCCAGUGAAAGCAACGGCUGCCCCUACCCAGAAGAGUUCCAGCAGUGAGGACUCUUCCAGUGAGGAGGAGGAGGAAGAGCAGAAAAAACCCAUGAAAAAAAAACCAGGUCCCUAUAGUUCAGUCCCCCCACCUUCUGCUGCCCCAUCCAAGAAGUCCCUGGGAACCCAGGCUCCCAAGAAAGCUGCAGAGAAGAAGCAGCCUGUGGAGAGCAGUGAGGACAGCAGCGAUGAGUCUGAUUCAAGUUCUGAGGAAGAAAAGAAACCUCCAGCUAAGCCAGUCAUCUCUAAAGCAACCUCUAAACCAGUUCCAGCAAAGAAAACACCAGAGAGCUCUUCAGAUAGCUCAGACUCUGACAGUUCUGAGGAUGAAGCUCCUGCCAGAUCAGCCGGUACCACCAAGAAUCUACCAAGUAGGCCGGUUGCCACUCCCAAGCAACCUGCAGCUAAACCAGCCACAGCUCCCAAGCAGACUGUAGGUAGUGGCCAGAAGCCUCUCAUCAGAAAGGCUGAUAGCAGCUCCAGCGAGGAGGAGAGCAGUUCUAGUGAAGAGGAAAAGACGAAGAAGACUGUGGUCACCCCCAAGUCUAAGGCAGCGGCCAAAGCAGCUCCGUCUUUGCCUGCCAAACAGGCCCCCCAGGGUGGUGGGGACAGCAGCUCUGAUUCAGAUAGUUCUAGCAGUGAGGAAGAGAAGGAGGAGAAGAUGUCAAAAUCCCCAGUUAAAAAGAAGCCACAGAAGGCAGCGGGAGUUGUAGCCUCUUCCAAGGUGGCUUCCACAAAGCAAGCAAAGGCCGAGAGCAGCAGCAGUUCUUCCUCUGAUGAUUCCAGUGAGGAAGAAGAGAAGGAGAAGCCUAAGGGCAAGGGCAGUGUAAGGCCACAAGCCCUCAAGACCAAUGGGACCUCUGCAGUGACUACGCAGAAUGGAAAAGCAGACAGGGAUAGCCAUGAGGAAGAAGAAGAAAAGAAAAAGGCAGCAGUAGCAGUUUCUAAGCCAGGUUCAGGAAAGAAGCGGAAGCAGAAUGAGGCUGCCAAAGAGGCAGAGACUCCUCAAGCCAAGAAGAUAAAGCCCCAGACCCCCAACACAUUUCCAAAAAGGAAGAAAGGAGAAAAAAGGGCAUCAUCCCCUUUCCGAAGGAUCAGAGAGGAGGAAAUUGAGGUAGAUGCUCGAGUGGCAGACAAUUCCUUUGAUGCCAAGCGGGGUGCAGCUGGAGACUGGGGGGAGCGUGCCAAUCAGGUUCUGAAGUUCACCAAAGGCAAAUCGUUCCGGCAUGAGAAAACCAAGAAGAAGCGGGGCAGCUACCGGGGAGGCUCCAUCUCUGUCCAGGUCAAUUCCAUUAAGUUUGACAGCGAGUGACCUGGGGCCAUGUGUGGUGAAGCAGGGGUGGUGACCCAUUGCCACUUACUUUCCCCAGUGGACCUGGGAAACUCUCAGCUCUAUUAAGGACGGGUCUUGGCGAGGACAGCAGUUUAGAAGAGGUCCGAAGACUUUGCAUUGUAACAUCCUCUCUGACUCUUUUCUGUGUUCGUAGUUUUGUACAGAUUUGUUUUUGAGUGUUGAGUAGCAAGGACAACAUAAGGGGAGUGUUCUUUUUUAAGAAAAAUAAAAAUUUUAGUUGUCAUUCCCUUCUCCCUGUUCUGUGGAAGUCCUCAUGCUGAGAAAUUUGUAUAUUUUAUAUUAAAUCAUUUCCUAUUGAUUUUCUUUGUGAUUUCACAGGUGGGUACCCACAGAUAAAAUCUUAGCUAUUGCCCAAGAUGUAGUAAAGGUUACAUUAUGGAGUUUUUAUAAUUGGAGAAUUCUGUCAUUUGUUCACAUUCAUCCGUCCUACCCCUCACAGCUUUGGGAAGGGGCAGUUAAGAAUGGUUAAUGUAUAUGUUUGCUAAGCAUGUACUGUGUAGUUCAUCCUCUUUCAUGGGGUUUAGGACUGAUGUUUUCAGCGAGCAUGGACUUAACUACUUUUGGGGAUAAAAUCCCCUUUUGUUACAGUUAAAAUUCUGGUGUGGUGUGAAUGCUGUGGGGUUAGUCUAAAUAUCUUGUUUUCUGUAAUAUUAACAUUUAAUGUUUGCAGUAUAUGUUUAGUUUUUUAAUUUGAAAGCAUAAACUUUUCUAUUGUUCGGAGACUUUUUUUGAUGACCCUUAGUAGUACUAAUUUAAGGACUGCAUUUCCUUGUUUUUUACAUUUUAGAGAACAAAAUAACAUUAAUCUGAAAAGUACGUAUCACUUGGUAUUUCUGUUUUAGUAAAAGUGGUGACACAAAAUUAGCUUCAUUAACUCCUAUGUGAUUGGAAAUCACUGAUCAAGAAAAUGAAAGAAUAAAAACUGUAACUAAAAAUCUGAAUUCUCAGUAGCAAUUAGAUUACAUUAGGCAAAUUUAUAGGUAACCUGUGUAUGUGCUUACGGAAAUGGGAAGAACCUUUAUGAAGUAUAUUAGGUGGUAAAACUUGGUGGGUUUGGGAGAGCAUCCCAACAAGAUUGUUUGUAGUUGGAACAUGGGAGCAUCUGAGGUGCCCCUUUCAGAACCUUAACUGUCAGUAACCGUGGAGGUAACAGUAAAAAAAAAAAAACAGUGAGCAGAAAUGUGACUCUGAGGCCAAGGCAGCUGAUCCUAAAACUGUAGGAGAUGACAGUGCUUGGCCCGAGCAAGAUGCGGAGGGAGGACGCAACAGCAAACUGGAGACUGGGGCUGUUUCUGUGGUGGGAAAGUGUGCCCUAGCUUUAUGGAUGAGGGAGGUGUAGGUUUUAAGAUUAGCCUCCUCUUGUUCUGACUCCAUACUUGCCAGGUAACUUGAUAGUAAGUUGGUUUUCCAUGUAACUGCCUCUAGGAAGAAUAUGCAGCUUUCAUGCUGACAUAGGCGCAUCAGUCUGCAUGGUAGGAGUUACCCAUCUUAGUACAAAAUAAUAAACUGGCUGGUGUAUAAUGUG